CGGAAAUUCCCUAAUUAUGCUGAACGCAUCAUACUUUCUGUGUAUCCUCCUUUACAUGAGUUUUCUCAUUCGUAGGUAAGUCUAGCGACCUUUUCGUCAUAAACACAGUCCAUCAAUCAUUUCAUUACAAGUGCAGGCUGUUCCGUCAUGUAUACACUUUUGCGGGCACAUACUGAUAUUACAAUCAUUAUAUUCAUUUGAAAAACGAAGCCGUGCCGUGUCAAAAUUAUCAUAAGGGCCACAAGGCGUCUCUAGAUUGUGACCGUAAUUUGUCUCAGCAUGUGUACCAUAUGUUUUAAGAACAUCGAGACAGUUAAUUCGUGUCUCGAUGUGUGCAUACGUGUCUACAGAUGUGUACCUGUCGCUUUAUUACUUUAUUGCUCCGUUAAAAAAAGACAACUUUUAAUUUAAUAUUGCAUUGCAAAUAUUUGGCUCAACUAGUUUUAACAUUUUUUUCUAAACUCGAGCCGGAUAUGCGUUUUCUAUGUUUUUAAACCUAUGACCGUUUGUUAAUUUUAAUAACCCGAGUUUCGAUUUAAAAAAAAAAAACUCAAGAUAUUUUUUUAAAAAAGGAGAAAACUGUGAGGAACAGACAAGAAUGCAAUGCAAAUUGGGGGCCAAGUCCGGGGGUCAAGUCCUGUGGGUCAAGUCCUGUGGGUUAAGUCAUGUGGCUCAAGUCAUGUGGGUCAAGUCAUGUGGGUCAAGUUGUUGGGGUAAAGUCCUGGGGUCAUGGGCGCCCGCAGAAAACUUUCUAGGGGGAGGGGCAAAAAAAAUCGAUUAACUUUCCAGGGGGGGGGAUUUUUAGUAAUGUUUUAAUAUAGUUUUAAUUUACUGUAGCGUAUUUGUAUGGUGAACGAACGGACAGGACAUCAGCUUAGUUACUUUCUCUUUAUUUUCUCUUUACUUUAAUAAAUUGUUUGUCUAUUUUAGUAAUGUUUUAAUAUAGUUUUAAUUUACUGUAGCGUAUUUGUAUGGUGAACGAACGGACAGGACAUCAGCUUAGUUACUUUCUCUUUAUUUUCUCUUUACUUUAAUAAAUUGUUUGUCUAUUUUGGCUCAAAUUUUUUUAUCCAAUCAAAACCGGGGGGGGGGCAAGUGCCCCACCUUGCCCCUACCUGUGGGCGCCCAUGCCUGGGGGUCAUGUCCUGGGAGGGGGCAAGUCCUGUGUCUCAAGGCGUGGGGGUCAAAUCCUGUGGGUGAAUUCCUGUUGUUUAAGUCCUGGGGGUAAAAGUGUGGAAAAGUCACAUAAGCACCCCCUCCCCCUUUUUCCUUCUAAAUAAAGAUGCAUUUAUUAUUGCUUAGCUAAAAAGUACAGGAGCGCCGUUCCCAUGCGUUCUCGCAGAACCAAAGUCUGAUAGUAAAAAAAAAAACACCAAAAAACCCAUUUUUAAAUCGUACUCCUGAAGCCGAGAACUGGUUUGUCGAAGAUAAAAAAGAAAACGGUAUCAACAUCCUACUCCUGUAUUUUUUUAAUGCCGUAUAUUAUCGACGUUUUUUUUAGAAACAAAUUCUGAAAGUAAAACAAAAAUAUUAUAAACAAAAGAAGGGGGCCGAGGGAGUACCCAUAUUUCUAAAAAAUUAUGAAUGCUUACCGAAAGAUUUAGAAAUAACACAGCGCAGAUAACUCGUUUUCCUCAAGAAAAGUUCGUGUUUAAAGAAAGAAGAGUUGUCUCCCCAAAGUAGUGUGAUUUUGUGUGUGGCAUCUAUAUAUAUAUAUAUAUAUAUAUAUAUAUAUAUAUAUAUAUAUAUAUAUAUAUAUAUAUAUAUAUAUAUAUAUAUAUAUAUAAAUAUUUACAAGUUUUGACCUCAUCUUCCUAUGCAUUACGUAUAAAAUAAAUAGAUCACACUUUUUACAAUUUAUACGUAACUUAACCUGAUCCAUGAGGUUAUUAUCUUAUAUAUAAAUAUUUACAAGUUUUGACCUCAUCUUCCUAUGCAUUACGUAUAAAAUAAAUAGAUCACACUUUUUACAAUUUAUACGUAACUUAACCUGAUCCAUGAGGUUAUUAUCGUUCGUAUCUCACCCCACCCCCACCCCCAAACCACACACACAUAAACACAGCAACACGUACACACUACCUAUGGCGAUCCUCCUGACCGGCGCCGUCAUCCUCGUCGAGAUCAACAUCAUCAACGUCCACAUGUCGCCCGUGUCGGCCGUCAACGAGGAAUCCACUGCCACCCUGAAGGAGAAGUUCACCAAUCAAUACGCCAUCGACGACAGCGCCACCUUGUCCGUCACUUACGACGUUCUAGCGAUAUGGGUAAGUUUUGGUGGCGUGGCUAUAGGGUUGGUGUCACCCGUUGCGGUCCGCACCCCGUGCAGCCCCUAGCUACGCCACUGGGUAUAUAAAUCAAUAGAAACAUUUACAAAUCUAGAGGUCGCGCCCCCCCCCCCCCUUUUUUUCCCCUAAACAUGGAACUGAAAUGUCUACAAAAAGGCAACGAGAGUAAGAAGCUGCAGGUACACGUUCUAUAGCAGAUACCUUACUCUAUAAUGUUGGAUCUGUUCGAAUGUUGGAUUUCAUGUUAAGGAGAAUCACUAGCUCCCUCAGAGACUGUUUGAAAAAUGAAAUCACAGGUGUUCAGCCACUCGGGCCAACAAAGAAUGCACAGAUUACCGUUCUCAACCCACGGUUAUAAAAAUCGGUUCUUUAACGUGAAUGUUUUUAAAGAGAAAAACAAAUGAAAAAGAGAGAGAGGGAGAGAGAGAGAGAGAGAGAGAGAGAGAGAGAGAGAGAGAGAGAGAGAGAGAGAGAGAGAGAGAGAGAGAGAGAGAGGGGAAAUGUCUACAGUGCUUAUUUAGCAGCACCGCCCGUACUUCUAACUCUUUUAUUAACUAUUUUCCCAGAAAGCCACCCGCCCACCCUUACGGCUGCAGUGUUAAGUUAGCACUCAGCACUGUCUGCUGCCUACUUUAAAGCUGCAUACUUGAAUCUUUUACUAGCACCACCCACAUUCCCAGAUUUUUAUCAGGUUUUUUUAUUACGCUUCGAAUGCUUUACUGCAGCACGUUACAGCUAAAAACCAAAACCUAAUGACUUGAUGCAUGUUUUUGUUGUUUCACCCCAGGGAGGCUGUUGUGGUAUCGUGGAUCAGUUCGAUUUUCAGGACAUGGAACUGAAAUAUCUACAAAAAGGCAACGAGAGUAAGAAGCUGCAGGUACACGUUCUAUAGCAGAUACCUUACUCUAUAAUGUUGGAUCUGUUCGAAUGUUGGAUUUCAUGUUAAGGAGAAUCACUAGCUCAAUAAAUGUUUAAAAAAAGCAUUUGAUUUCGCACCACCCUCAUCCCAGCCAUCGCAUGAACAGAAUCACUCUACGUUGAUUUGAUAGUGAAUUUUUUUUUUCACCCAUAAGUCCAAUCUUCAAACUGAAAGCAGGGGCGUCAUUUUGGGUAGGGCAUUAGCCCCUCCCCUCCUGAAUUUGCAGGUUUUAUUUAAUUGCUAUGUAGCAAGCCAACCAAGUAAUUCCCCCCCCCCAUGAAAAAACAAAAGGACGCCCCUGACUGAAAGCCUGACCUGGGGUUAAAUUAACACAUUGCCUGCCCCCAAUUUAUUGUGUUCUUUUUCGUCUACAAUUUUAUUUUCAUCUGGCGCUAUUCCAUAUUUAAAUUUUGCUAAUCUAUUUCUCUCCUCAUUUUGUUACACCCAUUUGUAUAUUUCGUUAAUUCAAAGUAACCCUAUUUCAUUCAAAGUAACCCUAUUUCAUUCAAAGUAACCCUAUUUCAUUCAAAGUAACCCUAUUUCAUUCAAAGUAACCCUAUUUCAUUCAAAGUAACCCUAUUUCAUUCAAAGUAACCCUAUUUCAUUCAAAGUAACCCUAUUUCAUUCAAGCUUACCCUAUUUUGACACCCUGUUACUUGUUACCGUGUGUAAUUACCAUUCCUCCCAACCCCCUCCCACUCAUAGGUCCCUCCCACUUGCUGCACUCGGGCCGUCUUUGAGAAGGAGCCGGCCAAUGUCCUUGACUGCGCUACAAAAGCGGAAAACAUUUAUUCGGUAAAUAAUUUUAAAGUUAAUUUUAAAAAAAAAACAAACAAACAAUAGUGAUACGUCUCUCUCAUAUCAAUUAGUGAAUAAGAUACAUCCCCACAGGCGUUAAGCUAAAAUUAUUGCUUAACAGUUUAACACAAUGCACUCUUGUAACAGUCGUAAGGGAGAAAAAAAGCUAUCUUUAACAUUAUCAUAAACUAAUACUUGCACCGACAAUGAUAACUGACACAUCACAGCUCUCUUGAUGAAAAACAAAACGGCAUCAUAUUUAUACAAAAGCACCGCUCCCAUUGGCUAAACAUCUGCACACAUUUUUCUAACCACAAAGACUUUUUCACUCAUACGUCACUGAUACAUAAAAUACAUCACUGAUACAUAAAAUACGUCACUGAUACAUAAAAUAAGUCACUGAUACAUAAAAUACGUCACUGAUACAUAAAAUACGUCACUGAUACAUAGAAUACGUCACUGAUACAUAAAAUGCGUCACUGAUACAUAAAAUACGUCACUGAUACAUAAAAUACGUCACUGAUACAUAAAAUACGUCACUGACACAUACAAUACGUUACUGACACAUACAAUACGUCACUGACACAUACAAUACGUCACUGAUACAUACAAUACGUCACUGAUACAUAAAAUACGUCAUGAUACAUACAAUACGUCACUGAUACAUAAAAUACGUCACUGAUACAUAAAAAACGUCACUGAUACAUAAAAUACGUCACUGAUACAUAAAAUACGUCACUGAUAAAUAAAAUACGUCACUGAUACAUAAAAUACGUCACUGAUGCAUACAAUACGUCACUGAUACAUAAAAUACGUCAUGAUACAUAAAAUACGUCAUGAUACAUACAAGACGUCACUGAUACAUAAAAUAUGUCACUGAUACAUAAAAUACGUCAUGAUACAUUUAGUCAUUUAGUCAUUUAAAAAAAAAAUCCAAUAACAUUACCUUUAAAUUCACUUCCUUAUUUAGAAUCAGAACAAACUGUGUUUUUGUGUAAUGUUAACUUUUUUUGAGGGUUUGGAAGCGUCUCCAUGCUACCGAUAGCUUAUGCAGGCCUACGGAUUAACAAACAGGCAUCGAGGUGACACCUCUAUAUGUAUACAUUUAUUUUGAAUAUAAAUAAGUAGUUGAUUAUAGAUGACGUUGUUUAUACCUCAUAUACCCUCCUUCCUUGUAAAUCCCUAAUAAUGAGAGAGGGGGGGUGUGGGGAGACUGCAAUCAUGUUUGGACAAAUGGAAAUGAGCGAAACAAAGACAAGCAGUGUCCCGUCUGUGAACACUUGAAUAGAAGCGACCGUAAGGGUUCAAAGGGUUUUAUUAUUAGAGCAAUUUCGUCCUCUACAAACACAACAAACUGGGUGAACUUGGACAACAAGCUGAUCCGGACUUAUGGAGCCUUGACACCCCCCCCCCCCUUUUUUUUUUACAUGGCAUGAAUGUCUUGUUUUCAUUCACUUUUUAAACCCUUUCUCCCUCCCCCCUUCUUGUUACGACCAGUCGCACCGGGCUUACUUUUCCUCUCUUCUGUCCCCUUUUGCCUAUAUUUAAUCUCUCCUUUAUACUCUGUCUCAUUCCUCUUGCUGUCCUCUCGGAUACUACAUUACAGCUGAUUAUUAUGUUUAAAAAAAUCAGAUUCAGUUUUUUACUAUUGUUUGUUCGCUGAUGAAGGCUUCUUGUCGACAAGUUCAUUGUUUUGUCGCGACCUUGUUUUACUCUCCCGGUUUUCCCCUACUUUUUGUCCGCUCACUUCCAUUGUAAAUUCCUGACAUGAUUCCCCCCCCCCCCCCCCCCCCCACGAACCAACCAAACUUCAAAUCUGUAGUGAACCAUUCAGCCCCGCUUCUAGAAAUGGUGUCUCUACUUGCCAGGAGGGCUGCUACGUUGUGCUGUACCACUGGCUGCGUAAGUACUGCAACAUCUACUCCCUGAUCAUCAUCAUAAAACUGAUGGACAUGUGCGUCCACACCAUAUUGUACAAGAGGCAAGUCCACCGGUGGCGACUGAUGCACACAAAGCAGAUGAUGUAGAGAUGUGAGUGGAUUUACUAGCAACAGGAAGGAUUGGGGGGGGAGAGUAACGCGUCAUCCCAUCUCUAAAAAACACACCUUUUAGACAAGCGGUUCUCAAACUGUGGGUCACGACCCCUUUGGGGGUAGAAUGACCCUUACACAGGGGUCACCUAAGACCAUCGGAAAACAAAUAUCUAUGAAGUAGCAACGAACAUAAUUUUGUGGUUGGGGAUCACCGCAAAUGACGAAUUGUAUUAAAGGGUCGUGACAGGAAGGUUGAGAAACGCUGUUUUAGACAAAUGACAAUAUUUUUUUUUUAAAAAUAGUGUCACGUAGAUAUAGCAGUGUAGUAAGUGCAAAGAGUACUUGUGAACAGGCCCCGGGUAAAUCACUAUGCAAUAUAAACACGCGCUCAGGGUUACAGGAGAACGUUGACAACAAAGAAUCUAAGCAUUUACUUUAAAACAAAGUCCCUCUAUUAUAGCUAAAUAUUUUAUCACCCAUAAAAAUUGGAGAACUUUUUAAAGCUAAAUGAUCGGCCUCAUAAUUUCAACUCAUCAUCAACUAAGAAAAGGAAAUCUCUUUCUUGGAUGUGACUAGCUGAUCUAACUUACCUAAAGGAGAUAAAUAUCCAACAGAGUCUCCUUGUAUUGCACGAUUAGGUGUAUGAUGAUGCAAAUCUAAAAUUCAGGUAUGCUCUAAAAUGCAUCGCUUCACACCACAUUCACAGGGUGCGCCAAAUGAUCAAUACAGCUGAGACAGUUGUGCAAAAUAGGGUUUAAUUAUUGUGGUAAUUGUUUUGUAAUUUCGUAGUUAUACGCUAAAUAGUUUUUAUGAGAUAGUAUGUGUCCACCCUGGUUUGUAUAUAAUUUCU